AUGUAACUAGAGUUUAAGUACAAACAACUGUAUAGAAUUUUUAGUUACAAAUAAUAGAUAAUUGAAAAAUCAAUACUAUCUAAUUUUAUAGAAUCCUUAAUUUUAAAGAUGUCAUUAAUUUUGUAACACUUACUCUGGACCUAUUUAUGAUGAUUAUUUAAGUUACAAAAAUAUUGUUAAAAUUGAAUAUUUGGGAUCAACAUGUAAAUGUCCAUUAGGAUUAUUUUUUAAGGCAGUAACAAAUUCAUGCUUCUUAUGUUAUUCAUCAUGUUAAAAUUUUUUUCAAGUAACUGUUGAUAGCUUUGUAAGUUGUGAAACAUCUUUAAAUAGAAUAUUAAAAGGAUUAUAAUGUGUAUGUGCAGUUAGUUAUUAUGAAUAUAAAUAGUAUGUGUAUAAGUAUUUAAAUUAUUAUUCUUUUACAGAAGAUAUUUUGUUAAGUACAUGUUAUAAAUUAUGUACUAAUAAUGAAUAAUUAUGGCAUAAUUCAUAUUCAAAGCUAGAUGAUUUGAAAUCUAUUCUAUUUUUGAAUGGAGUGAAUUGUGUAUUAAAUACAAUACACAAUUAAUUUUAUAUCUGCAUUUUAAAUGGUAUCUUGAAAUAGUAAAUUGACUACUUUAUAUGAUUCAUUUUUAAACCUUACACAGGAUUCUAAUUACUAAAUGUGCAAAAUGUAAAAAACCUCACUCAUUUAAUCAGUAGAAAUUACUGUGUGUUAUAAAAUCAUAACCUUCAUGUUCAUAAACUUUUAGUUUACUUGGUAACUAUAAUGAUAUAGUAUUAAUUUUUAAACAAAUAUAAAAUUCUGUAAGUGUAUUUGUCUUUUGAAUCUAAAACAUCAAUUAUUGAUCCUAUUUUAUUUACAAUUGGAUGUAAUGGACUUAAUCAUAGUUGUUAUAGUUGUAUUAACUGUUAAGUGAAUUCCAAAAUAUCAAUUGAAAUUUUAACUAUAUCAUUACAAUAAGAAAUCUAAAGAAAAAAAUUGGAAAAAUGA